AUGAAGCUCUACGACUCGACUUAUAUGCGUGAGUCUACCCAUAAAUUGCUUAUUCUAUUUAACGGUUCUAACGAGUCGACCUGGAAUCGCAGGCAUCAUAUGUUUAUCCUGACGCUCAACAACAAGCUAUUCCUCGCACCGAUAAACAAUCCAAAGCGAGUCAUGGACGUGGGCACCGGCAUUGGGAUAUGGGCAUCGUAUGGUCUACAACUCGACCUCGGAGAUGACGUGGCUGAUGUCUCGCAGGGACGUCGCCGACAAGUUUCCGGAAGCAGAAGGACCGAUCUUUCCCCAACCUUCAGGGCAACUCCGGCCCCAAAUCUCCUGUUCGAGAUCGACGACUGCUGCAGCGAAUGGAUCUACCCUCCUAAUCACUUCGACUACGUCCACGUCCGAUUCCUAUACGCUAGCAUUGCCGACUGGCCCGCCUUCUACAAAGAAUGCUUCGACCAUAUCGCCCCUGGUGGCUACAUCGAACACAGCGAACCACGCCCAGAUUUACUAUCGGAUGACGGUUCCAUCGCUCCAGGCGACAUAAUGCAUCAGUGCUCAGACCUCGCCAAAGAAGCCAGCCAGAAUUUUGGGAAGAAUAUCAUGAUAGCGCCACACAUCAAGACUAUGAUUGAGGAGGCGGGCUUCGUCAACGUAGUGGAGAAGCAAUACAAGUGGCCUAUUGGUGAAUGGCCUGUUGAUCGCAAAUUGAAGGAUAUCGGACGCUGGAAUAUGCAGCAUUGGUUUGAGGGAUUAGAUGCUUGGACGUUACGGCUGUUGACGCAGUACUGUGGGGUGAGUUAG